UUAGUCUUUUAUUGAAUAUGGUGAAGUGCGGUUAUAACACAGUUAUUCAAGGAUAUUAACAUAUAUUUCUUGAAAUAUAUAUAGAAAUUUUGCUAUAAAGUAGUGUGAACUAAAAAUAAAACAGAUUCCGUGAUGAUAUUUUAUAAUUAUAUUUAAUUAUGAAGAAGAAAGAAAGCAUUUAUAAUGGUCAAAAUCGAUUUGAACUUCCAAAGUAGUUAUACAUAACAAAGUGAAUCGUUCGUCGGCCGCUUAAAUCAUAAACCAGAACAAUAUUUACAUACAUAUAUACCUAACUUCUACUUAUGCAUGCAUAUAUUAACAAACUAAUGUUUGGCGAAUAAAAAUUAUGUAAAUUUAUGGAGUGAAAAUUUUGUUUACAGUGUUUUUUGCCUUUAAAAUUAUUUAACAAUGAACAAUGAAAAAUGAAUGACUACGUAAUACUAGCGUAGUGUAUGUAUGUAUAUAUAUACAUAUAUGUACAAGAAAAUAUAUAUGCACUAGAUCACACAUACAUAUGUAAGUUCUCAAUUUCUACACUACGUCCGUAUUUUAACGACCAGUCAAUUAGUGAAAAAAUAAAAUAAUAUACAUAAAUACAAGGACUUUCUGCUAUAUAAAAAUAUAAUUUAAAGUAUACUAAUGUACAUAUAUUCAUAGUUUUUGUGUACAUUAUCCGAAGUGCAUUUUUUCAUGUGGGCUACAUAAGCAAAAAUGGAGUAUUUUAUAUCUGACCAAGAUAAUCUACUUUAUAUAUGUACAGAUGUACAUACAUUCUCUCAAUCUAUAUGUACUACAUAAAUGAAGAGCAUAGAUGCUGAAGCAUAUAUGUAUGUAUAAGUUGUUGUAUGUGUAUGAGUACAUAUGACCGUAUUUAUGAAGCACGUGAUGUGAAAAGAUACACAGUAAAGUGUGUAUUUGAGUAUUAUAUAAAUAACAUCUAACAGUUAACCGUUUCAAACCAAGGUUGAUAACCAUUAUCAAAAGUGUGCAAUACAAACUAAAUGUUUCGGUGUUACUUAUUUUUAACUUCGGAUGAUUGGGGAGUGAAGGAGCGGUUCAUCUAUCAUUGUAAGAGGCCUUAUGUAUAAAAACUGUGCACUAUUGUAUGUUGCAGAAGAAAUAAGUAACUGCCAAUUAUUGUAGCUUCACCACAAAACUGUUUGGCUGUACAACAUAUGUAUUUGGUUUGCAGAAUCAAUUUAUUUCGGCGAAAUUGCCGUUUAAUAAUUAAAUUUAAUAUUGUUAUGUUGAACUUGCAUUCAUGUCACAAUGAAAUUGAGUGUGAGUGCGUAUCGCGCGCACGCAUCAGCACACAAAAAAAUUCUUUCGAGCGGUUACCAUUCGCAACUCAACUACGGCAGCACAGGUGCGGCGGUUUCUUCUUCUGCUGUCUUACAAAUGGCGGACCCGGCCGAAAACGCAAUGUCAGUCUCCAAAGAUCGCCAUGGAAUCGAAUGCAAUAGUGACACAGAUAUCGUGAGCCCAUCUGGUACGAGUAGCUCCGAGCGGGAACGAACUGGCACUAUAAGAAAAACGCAACAACAUGGAAGCAUCAAUGAUAAUGAUAGUAAUGCUCAUUAUUCCGACUUUAAAAGUUCCACACAAAACAAAUCAGAUAUCAGCGAAAAAAAUUCGGACCUGGAUGCUGACUGGAAUCGAUCCAAUCAGCGAUGGAUGAAGCUCAGAACAACUGUCCAAAUAUCAUCAGCGAUACAGAAAAAGCCACCAUUAAAACGGGAGGACUCAUUUUUAAAGCGAUUCUCUACGCGGCAAAUUCCAGAAACUCAGGAAACGGUCGAAGACACUGGGUCGGAGAGCGCCUUUGGAGAAUCUAAUAAAAGUACAAAACGCCGGCGUCGAUUUUUGCAAAAGCGGCGAUCUGUUGUUAAUCCAGAUGAAAACUUUUAUUUCUAUUGGUUAAUGUUACUAACUGUUUCUGUUUUAUACAAUUUAUGGGCUCUUAUUGUGCGACAAAGUUUUCCUGAAUUGCAGCAAGCUGUUCCUAUUUUUUGGUUUGUUUGUGAUACACUCACGGAUGUUGUUUUCGUAUUCGAUAUAGUUGUCCAACUACGCACAGGAUAUCUCGAACAAGGACUCAUGGUUUACGAUGAUAAAAAAUUAGCACUUCAUUACAUUCAUUCUAGAGAUUUCUUCUUGGAUAUCAUAUCAUUGAUUCCCCUGGAUUUGAUCCAACUCAAAAUCGGUGCAAAUCCUCUUCUACGGUUUUCAAGAUUUUUUAAGGUGUAUCGAUGUGUAAAAUUCUAUUACAUUGUUGAAAGUAGGACGGUUUGGCCAAACUUAUGGCGAGUUAUAAACUUAAUUCAUAUUCUUUUAAUUUUGGCGCAUUGGUUUGGGUGUUUUUAUUAUCUAUUAUCGGAAGCUGAAGGAUUUCAGGGAGACUGGGUAUAUCCUUACAGACCAGGAGAUUACGCGACAUUGACUAGGAAGUAUCUUGGUAGUCUUUAUUGGUCUACCCUUACUUUAACUACAAUUGGAGAUUUACCAACCCCCGAAACAAAUGCAGAACCAAAUUUUUCAGUGGAUGGCCCAAGAUCUAUACCAAGACGUGGUAUACGAUCUAGAUUACUGCAAUUCGGUUCCAAUUAUGGGUAUAUUUUUACAAUUGUCAGCUAUCUUAUUGGAGUUUUCAUUUUUGCAACCAUUGUCGGUCAAGUUGGAAAUGUGAUAACUAAUCGUAAUGCUAACCGCCUGGAAUUCGAACGCUUGCUGGAUGGAGCUAAGACAUACAUGCGUCAUCAUAAGGUUCCAGGUGGAAUGAAAAGACGCGUGCUCCGUUGGUACGACUACAGCUGGUCUAGAGGACGUAUCCAAGGAGGAGGUGAUAUAAACACAGCUUUGGGUUUAUUGCCGGACAAGCUGAAAACAGAACUAGCGUUACAUGUUAACUUGAGUGUCUUAAAAAAAGUCACUAUAUUUCAAGAGUGCCAACCAGAAUUUUUACAUGAUUUGGUAUUGAAGAUGAAAGCAUAUAUAUUUACACCAGGAGACUCCAUUUGCCGUAAAGGUGAGGUAGCCAGAGAAAUGUUUAUAAUAGCUGAUGGUAUACUGGAAGUGCUCAGUGAAACCGGUAAAGUGCUAACGACAAUGAAGGCUGGCGACUUUUUCGGUGAAAUCGGAAUUCUGAACUUGGAUGGCCUUAAUAAGCGUACGGCUGAUGUACGCUCAGUUGGUUAUUCUGAAUUGUUUUCAUUGUCGAGAGAAGAUGUACUCGCCGCUAUGAAGGACUACCCGGAAGCACAAGAAAUUUUACAAACUCUUGGACGGAAGCGGCUUAUGGAAGUUCGAUGUGUAAAUAAGAAGUACGCGAAAGCACAAUGUAAUAAUGAGCAAUCGGAUCAUCCACAUGUAUAUAGCAAUAUUAAUCGAAGCGAUAGUAGCGAAAAUAGUGCCUCAAAAAAAAUUGUGUACAAAUUAAGAAAAGAUGUUAAAGGAAUCCGAAGUAUGCUUAAAAAGACAAGGACCCGAAGAAGUGAUGAAUCGUUAGAGAUGCAGCCGCUGCAAGACACCUUAAAUAAAGGCAAUAAAACAACUUUGAAGCGAAUGUCACAUGUACGUUCUGAAGAGAAGGAGGAAAAAAAAGAAGAAAAAACACAUCAAGACAAAACACCAAGUCCAAUUGGUGCAGGACUACCGUUACUCCAAAGGCUGAGAUUACUGAAAGAAAAACAGGAUCGCGAAGAGAAAGCGGCAAAGGCAAUCACACCUCAGAUAUCUCCCCCACAUGUUCAUAUUGCCAAUGCACUAUCGCCACAGGAAUCAAUCCAGGAAGAACCGGAGACUGAAGUAAACGAAGCACUUCCGCUAAUGCAAAGGCUACAAAUGUUAAAGAAUAAACAGGAAACGAAAGGCAGCGACGUGAAGGUUACAGUUAAACCAACUUCAACUGUGUCUUUAAAGCAAAAAAUACAAAUGCUUAAUUUCGCUGGAGUGACAAAGACAGAUACUAUGGAUAAUAAGUCGAAAGACGAUAAAUUGGCCAUUGAAGAUCAAAAGCAGACUCCAAAAACACUUGAUGUGCAGAAAUAUAUUAAACACGACCUAGGUGCAAUUAAUAAAUCGCCAAAGGCGGUAACAGGAAAGUCAUUGAAAGUCAUAAAACCGUCCAUAAACACGUCAACAGAACGCUCAGAUAGUGAUAUGUCGAUUAAGCCAUGGUCCAAACUUAAGUUAGCGACGAUAAUGUCAACAAGUUCUAAUAAUUUAGCGAAGUCUUCACCAGGAGAUUCAGACGUUGAAGUAAAAACAUGUUCAUCAAAUGAAACACCCCAAACGCCUUCUCAAGGGACAGCUGUAUUUAUAUCCACAACACCAUCUACAAGUACUUUACAUUCUGUAACUGCGACCACUCCAAAUACAAAGCCUACAGAGCAAAUAAAAUCGAAAAUUGUUGCGACAAAUCAUUCCAACGUAAGCAAAAAAUCGUAUCACUCUGUUUUUGAUUUAUCGCCCGAAUAUAGUGGAUUACCAUUUGUAAAGCGUCUAAAAAUACUGAACGAACGUCAGAAGUUAGAAGAACUUGAAAAAGCACUACAAAUGCGAAGUUUUAGCUUAGACAGUUCUAAAAUAACUAGCCAACUCGCAGUGCCAGAACCGUUGUAUCGAUGCUUCAGUGAUGUUUCUGAAAUGUACUCGCAAUUUUUUACAGCUUAUGAAUCAAGUUCAUCUAAUUCGACUAACACAUCUCUGUCAAAUAACAACAAUGAGAGGAAAGACAAAUAUAUACCGCCUGCCUAUUUACCUCUUAGUCCCGAACAAAAUGAAACUUCUGAACGCCGAAAGUUAAAGUGUAUUUUACAGAAGCUCCGUCACAAUUCAGAAGAAUGUAAAAGUGCUUUUCAAAAUGAAAAUGAAGACUCGUGUGUGACGGAAAAGCCCAACAAGAAAUUACUAAGAGAACCGACAUUAGAAGGGUAUGUGGCUAGACAUAGUAUGCUAAUGAAAAGUAUAACGAUCAAACCAACUCUUUCUAGUCCACCCAACAGCGCUCACAGAUCUAAUGAAGAUGAACAGUAUGAAGCCUUGCGAACGACUAGUGGAGCCGAAGAUAAACACGUAAACAUUUCUCACGCGUCCAUAAUUUCCGCUUUUGGAUGGGAUAAAUGCCCUGAAAAUCGAGUAUCCAGUGGCGCUCAUAUAAAAGCGGUCUCAAAACGACGAAAUACUAUUCAACUUAAUAACAAUGUGAUGCAAUAUGCUCCAAGUCCAUCUCACACUAAUCAACGUACAACAAAACGGUUGAAAACAAUUGGGGAUUCAUCGAGAACAGGAGAUAUCCUCAACGUGGAGGAGAAUUUCAAUCGUGUUUGGAGUGAAAUCAAUGAUGUAAUUAAGGAUCAGAUUACAGAAAUGCAUUUAAAAUUCGAAUUACAAUUUUCGGUAAUGGCACGAGAAGUAAGAAAACGCGAUGAAAUUAUUGCAAAUCUUCAGUCAAAAAUUAAAAAUAUCGAAUUAAAAACAUCCUCGCCACGAAGAAAAACUGAACUUACACGUGAUAAGCUUAGCAAAUUAUGGGUUGAUGCAGAUCUAGAGUCAGAGGACCAUGCCAGCUCAAGUUCAUCAGCAGAACUUCUAUUUAUGCGUGGAGACUCAUUGGAUACGGUUUUUAUGUCAUCUCCACCACAAGUUCAACGGCACAGUUCUUCGUCGAUAUUUAAUAAUAUUUGCAAAGACUCUUCAGGACACAUUUCUUCACGAAAUUUAUACAAAAAUAAAUCGGAAGAGAAUAUUACUAUGGGCAAGCAACAAAAGAGAAAUUAUGUUGUUUCUGUGUCAGAUCUCACCGGAAACUUAAACAUGCAAGAUAGUGUAGUUCUAGACAUUGGUGAUAGUUCGAGCUCGAGUUCUUCUUCUAGCAAAUUGAAUGUUAAGUAUGAAGACAUAGAGCUAGAGCAAAAAAAUGUGAAAGACAAUGUGUUCGCACAUGUACAUCACAACGAUUGGGAGGUAAAAAUGCUUGCUGCGGAGAUGGAUAAACAAGAAAGAAAACGUGCGAACUCCACUGACUUUAAGUGUAGUAAUUCAAUUUUAAGAAGACGUCGAAAAUUUAGUGAUACUGAAGCAGAUAUUAGUGAAACAGAUCCCGAAAUUGAAUCCUUCUCUUUACCCAGACCUAGAGCUUCAAGUUUAGACCAAUUCAAUUUAAGAUACGGCAUCGGAAAAGAGAUUUUUAAAGCAAUUAGUAUCGAUCGUGAUAAAAAUAAACUUUGAAAUUUGCCAAUAUAUUAUCUAGGGUUACAUUAUACACACAUGUUUAUAAAAUUCGAAAAGUUGGAAUGAAAAUUUGGAAGAUUACAAAAAAACAAAGAUGUCGUAAGGGCAUAAAGUCGAUAAAUGUUGUCAAAAUAUAGAUUGGAAAAUGUUGGCAAUAUAACAUACAUAGAUAUUGUAUAUUUGUGAGAACAAGUGAAUCUAUUUUGUAUUUUUAUCUGAGUAUUGCAACUCUCUUUGAUUAUUAUAUUUUACUAGACACCAACACUAAAUUCCCCGUAUAAUCUUUUAACAGCAACCACAUUUUUAAUUUUAUUUACUUUAUCACACAAUGAUUAUAGUUACCCCUUUCUGUUUCAAAAUAUCAUCUGCGACUUCUUUCAACUUGCAUAAGAGGGUCAGUGACUUGUAAACCUAUUGUUAUGCACAAAAGUCUGAAAAUAUUGACUCAGCGCAAGUGAAUAUCUGGACAAUUUUAACCCUAGAUAAUAAUAUUGUAAUCCCCACAUAUAAGUUUAAGAUUAUCUCAGGAACAUAAAUUUCUUUAAAAAUGAAUCUCUUUUUAAACUUGAAAACCCGUAUAUGCCUCUAAUUUAACAAAUUUUAUAUUUCUCAUAUUAAAAUAAAAGUGUUCAUACAAAGAUACAUGUGUCAUAAAAGCGUAAACCUCACUGAGAAAUAAUGCAUUGCUAUUUUUCAGCUAAUACAUAAAAAAUUAAAUAAAUGCAGGCAAGCAUUUUUCAAGACAUAGCGUAUGCUUUGAUCUUCAAUUAUUUUUAUAAUACGAGUACUAAAGCAAAUUCUAAAUCUGUCGUCACGUUAUAUCUCUUAAUGACACAUAAAUCUAGUAUGUAAAACAUUAUUAUAUGAUGUUUCAAUUGUUUGAUUAUUUAAUCAAUUUUAUUUCAAGAUGUUUCUCAAUACUAUAAAAGUACCCUUAAUAAGACCAAUAUGAGACUUUACCCAAAGCUCAAAGUUUCAAAAUACUUACUUCUACCUAUUUUAACUUAUCUUGGAAACUUUUGUGCGUAAUUAAGUAUGGUACCAAGUAUGCUUUUAACACCUUCAUUUUGGAAUUAAAUUUUAAUAACAUUAACACUCUUAUUACGAAAUGCUGGUAGAUUAUAACAAAUGCAUAUAUACUUGUAUAUUACGCAAAUAACAACCCUAAGUUUUGGGAAGAGUUGGUGAAAAUAUUUGGCAGCAUUGCUCAAAUUUUUUGCAGACAUCGUAAAAAGAACGUAAGGAAACAAAAAACAAUGACAUUUGUUGCAAUUUAAAAUUGUAGUUGUAAAUUUAAAUAAUAAAAAUAUUACACUAUAAAAAGGGCGAAAAUAAAAAUUUCAGAUAGUGUUUAAAGAGCAGCAACAAUUUUGGUAAAUUAUUCAGUUAGAAACAUUCGUAAAAAGUGAAAUAGUCUAAAAAGUACAUAAUGCCUUAUCCGACAUUCCCAUUUUUUUAUACAAUUAAUUCACAUACAGACAGAUAUGCUUAUAUACAUAAUACUAUUAUUUAAUAAAUUAACAGUUUAGAACGAGAACCAUGAAACUAAAAGUUAACAUAAGUACAAUACAAUAUAAUUAAUCAGAAGGUCACAAGUCGUGCUAUUUACGGUGUUCUUUUCUCAAUACAAUUUUUUGUAAAAGCGAGCUUUGAAGCAAAUGAAAUAAUAUUUCAAUAAUUUAGGAUUAACUAAUUGGUAGUACAUCACAUUCAAAGGUUACAUUUUUCAACGGUCUUUUUGGAUAGUAAUCCAAAGAUAUAGAACGACUUGUAAACUUCAUAAACAUGUUACACUCGUAAUUGCACCUCACAUACCACAGACAUUAUUACUGCUUGUCCCUUUUCUAUAUAUGUGACCUGGUCUACGGAAAGGGGGCUUAGGUGUCAAAAAAUCAAUUUUCACUUUUUAGUUGAUUCGGAUGGAGAUGAGAUGCUUUUUAGCUGUUUCCCAGAAAACUAGUUUUCGCACGUUAGCUCCCUUUUCGUAGACCAGGUCACAUAUGUAUAUAUUCUAACUAUUUUCUAUAUAUUUAUUUUUGCCAGAAUUUGAAAAACUAAUUUAAAAAAAUUAGAAUGUUUUUUUUAUAUUAUUUCAUAAUUGUACCUACUUAGUAUAUAAAAAUAAAAUACUAAUAACAAUUCUUGUCUAACUAAUUAGAAGAAAUACUUAAAUUUUAAAUGUUAAGAAAUACGUUUGCUGCUACUGUUGUCUUACUAGGUCAGAAAGCUUCUUAUGUUUCAACCGAAUUCUCGCCCAGCAGUUACGUUGAGUCUGGAGGCUUCCUCAUUAACGUGCUGUCUAAGCUUCAAUUUGUGAGACUUUGCAAUUUUGAAGAUUUCAUUUACCACUGAAUUCACGCCUAGAUCACGGUGCAGGUCAGUAGAUCUAACGUGCUAAAGAGCAUUAACUAAAGUGCUCAGUACCUUACUUUGAAAGCGCUAAAUGCUGGCAAUACAGAUUUGACUUGAGCAACCCCAUAGUUGGGCUCCAUAGGUCCAAACUGGCUUUAGAACUUGAUAAUAUACUAACUGUUUUGAAUUGAUAGAGUGGAUUUCCUGCCAACUAGGUGGUAAAGUUUAGCAAAUUUCAUAUCAAGCUCGCACCUUUUUUUGACAUGCUCUUUCCAGCGUAGCUUAGCAUCUAAGGUGAUACCUAAGUACUUAGCACUGUUAUGAUGUGGAAUAGGAAUAUUAUUUAUAAAAAUCGGACGAUAUGUCGGAUUAUUAGGAUGUUCGUUGGAGAAGGUUCAUACAAUUCUAAUCGUUGCACAAAUACAGUCUAAAAUAGCAGAGAAAUUUUAAUUAUUAUAAUACUGUAGUUAACUAGUCUUAUUCUUAUGCUCUUCUCCAGUAUUAAAGCAUUACAAAGCGCAAAUGAAAGAAAUAUAAAAACACUCACAGUUAACCUGUCUCUAAAUAUUUACAGAAAAUAACCGAAGACCUGCAAUUCUAUGAAAUUUAGAGCUUAGAACCUUGCUAUAGAAUUAGAAAAAUUAAAGUUACCUAGAUGAAAAAUUAUAACGUUUUUUUUAUUCUGAGGUCCAUAAUUUUUCAGCUUAUACGAAUUUGUCGUAAGAAAAUUUCUUUAAGGUUUGGUACAAAAAUCUAUUAACAUACAUACAUAUUUAUCAACGGUCACCAACGUAGUUUAUUUGCUACAAAAUUUUGCCUACAAAAAAGAGAUUUUUAAAAAAUUAUUUCCCUUAAUGUAAAAGCUAUGGAAGUAUUUUACGAAUAUCCUGUUGUUAAAGAAGAAAUGAGUUGUAAGCUGUAUACUUUACUUUGGGUAUAGACCUCAAACACAAUUAGCAGUCGAAAAUAUUUCUUCUAUAUUAAUUAAAUAUUUUCCAUUCAUUUUAAAAUGUCCAGCAUAAGCCAAUAAAAUCAAAAUUAAGGACCCAAAGCAAAUUCUCAAACAAAAAGGUAAAAUCUAAGUUCUGUUAUCUAUACAAAAAUAAAAUUUUAUCUCUUUUAUGUACUUCUUCACAUAAAUCUAAAAGGCAAUAGAAUAUUUCACUUGUAGGCCUAUAAUGUCAUCGCUUAAUUAGUAGCUUUCUGGCAAGUUAGGUUAUAUACUUUAAUUGAAGCUCAAGGAAAUAUUUGUAUACAAGCAUUCAUACAUUUGUAUGUAAAUUUUUGAUUAUUAACAAAAAGCAAUGUAGUUACUUUUAGAUUUUAAUUAUGUAGUACAAAAUAAAUAAUUAUAUUAUUAAAUAAUAUAUUAGAAUUAGCGAAAUUUUUAGUAAGGAUGCCGAAUAAUUUACUACGCUUUUUGAUUACCUCUAUUUUGGAAUUAUAGAUACAUAAAUAUAUAUACAAAUAAUAUAUAUAUUACGCAAACGAAAAUAAAAAAAUAUCAAAAAAUAUAAAAAAGUAUAUGAUUACUAGAUAUUAUAAUAUAAAGCUGUUAGUGCCAAAUGAAAUUGGCAAAACUGGCUCUGCAUCAGAACCAAUAACCAUUGAGAUGCCAAUUAAAAAUAAUUACAAAGACCUUAGUUUAAAGUAUUUACAUACGUUUAUACAUAAGUACUAAUUACAUGUUUGCAUAAUAAAGUUAUUGUCAAGUGAGCCAAAUUUAUUGUAUUUAUAAAAAUAUAUUUUAAUUAGAAAUCAGUAGGAAUUUGUAAGAUUUUAAUUAUUUACUGAAGUUAUACGGGAAUAGCGUUUAGUAUUCCAGCAAUACAUUACAUUGUAGAAGAAAAUAGUUACACGGAAAUAAAAUACUUUAGGAUAAUGUAUAUUAGAAUCCACCAGGAAUACCAAAUUACAAAAGAUAAACUUAAAUAUUAAUUACAAUCGGCGGAUUUGAAUACUAGAAAUUUAUUGUAACUAUUUAAUAUAUAAGAAUUAGUAAUGUAAAUACGAGUUACUUUAUUUUGUGAAGUAUUAUGAUGUAAAUAUAAAAACUAGGAUAUUGAAAACUGACAGCUUUAAUAACUUAUAGUAAAAUUAUGAAAACAUAUUCAAAACCAAUAUGCACAGUGUGUAAACCUUUACUUUCAGUAUUACAUAUUCACAAUAAAAUUUUCUAUAAAAUGUU